UGUACGGAAAAGGAAUUAUUAAUGGAAGUUCACCCAUGGGACAGCGGUAGAGCAGUAGAAAAUGAAGAAAGAACUCCGCUCCUGUACGGCAUGCGGUGAACCAAUCUCGGACCAGUACCUGCUAGACGUGGGCGGUUGCUCAUGGCACUCGGCCUGUCUCCGCUGUUGCAUCUGCCAUACACCGCUGGACCGUCAGGCUUCCUGCUUUCUGAAGGAUCGGCAGAUCUACUGCAAAGGUGACUAUGCAAAAACAUUUGGCGCCAAGUGUGCCCGCUGUAGCCGAAGUAUCGCCGCUUCGGAUUGGGUCCGCCGUGCUCGGGAGCUCACGUUCCAUCUUGCCUGCUUUGCCUGUGAUAGUUGUGGACGACAGUUGUCCACCGGGGAACAGUUUGCCCUGGCCGACGAGAAGGUCCUCUGUAAGACACACUACUCGGAGAUUUUCGACUGUGGAACGUCCAGUGAUGAUGGGUGCGAAGCUGACGGAUUCCAGAAGAACAGCAAGUCCAAACGAGUGCGGACAACCUUCACCGAGGAGCAGUUGCAGAUCCUGCAGGCAAACUUCAACAUCGACAGCAAUCCGGACGGACAGGAUCUCGAACGGAUAGCAUCGGUUACCGGUCUGAGCAAGCGGGUCACUCAGGUGUGGUUUCAAAACUCUCGUGCUCGCCAGAAAAAGCAUAUUCAAGUUCCUAGGGAUGGCGAUGUGAACCCAUUCGCCAGGCACAUUAAUCUCCAGCUGUCGUACACUUUUCAACAAUCCAACGUGAUGCACAGUCCGAUACACAUGGGCGGAAUGGCAAAUGUUGGUCAUACCGGUAGUUUAAAUAGCAACAAUAAUCAUAGUACCAACAACAGCAUGGGUGUUAGUUUCAACAACAAUAACAACAAUACUAUCAGCUCAUCAAAGUCAUCACCGUACAGUAGGCAUGAAUCGUCCCUGGAUGAGUUAUCUGAGGAUUCAGCUAUUCAUUGCAUGCAGAAUGAAAUAUAGGAUGAAGGAAG